AUGGCUACUCCCGCUGCUUUACCACCACUGCCCUUCAACCCGUCACGGGUUCGAUCAUAUCUCAUGCGGCUGCCGCUGUUUACGCGACUGGUGCUUUUGGUGAUCCUUGCUUUCUGGUUGCUGGAGCUUCAGACGAUCUGGAGCGUGGUGCAAUGGGGAUCUCUCACCCCCGAUGAGGUCAACCUUGGAACCAUGUAUCGACUGAACACCUUUCCUUUCAUUCACACCGGAUUCUUCCACGCCGCAUUGAAUGUGCUGGCCUUGACUCCGCUCUUGGAGCGCUUCGAGGCGGAACACGGUACCCUCACAUCUAUUGCCCUGUUUGUCGGACAAUACGGCUUUGCUGAUGGUACCUUCUUUUUGACAGCGCUUUCCACCUUUCCGGCCGGCCUUUAUCUCCUCUUUGAGAAAGCUAUCUUGCACAGGAAUACACCAGUGGUUGGUGCCAGUGUUUGGGUCUUCUUGCUUCUGGGCUCAGAGGCCAUUCGGACGUACAAGUCAAACCCUCAUUUCAGCCUCGGACCUUACAAGAUUCCCACCUGGACCUCGCCCUUGAUCGCCUGCGUUGUUCUUUCGAUUCUUGUUUCUAACGUGAGCUUCUUGGGCCAUCUCUGUGCUAUUGCCGUGGGCUACCUCUUCGGACUUGGGUAUCUCAAGAUUUUCGUGCCUCCGGAGAAGGUCCUCCGCUGGAUCGAGAGCAAGCUGAACCUUCUGGGCCGGCUGCCACAUUAUAUCUCCGUGGACCAGAAGACGUUCGGCCGAUAUGGAGUUUUGCCCACCUCGAAUGCGGCUGCCAACGCAAACGGGACGCCCAUGAGCUAUCUGGCCACCGCGCAACGGGUGGGCCCAUAA